AAAUCAAAAAGAUAAGCUGAUUAAACAUAAUGUGAAUUUUGUGAUUUAGGAAUUUUGUUAACACAAAAACUAUGCUUCGAAUAAUCAUAGUUAAAGCGAUUCUUCUUUUCUUUUCAUUUCAUUUUAUACAUUGUAAAAGCAAUUGCAUGAAAAUUAAUUGCACAUUAACGCAAAAUAUCGAAAAUGAAGGAUUUCAUAGAGUAAUACAUUGGCUAAUUGAAAUAGAAACAUAUGAAAAGUCGUUAGAUGAAUGUUUUCUUUUACUUCUCCAAGAAAUUCCAAGUGGUGCUUUUGUAAAUCCAGAUCAAGUAUCAGAUUUAAAUAGACUUGGAAAGAUUUCCGCUCGUAUUGAUGGAAUUAUUGAUGUCGAAAAGCCAAUGCAUCAUUCGGAAUCACAUUAUUUGUACUUGUAUUCCAAUGUAAAUGAUUCACGUAUUCAUUUUGAAAUUCCAAUUCAUUUACGAUAUCAAAGACCUCAAAUUAGUGGCGAUUAUGGAAAAGUUGAAUUUGAUUAUCCCAGCUUAUUGUUUCGAUGUAAAAAUCAAAUCGAUAUAUGUGGUAAGAAAAUUAUAGCACCAAUUUCGUCUUCCAAAAAUAGUACUACUGUUUGGAGAAAUGUAACCUAUGAACCGAUUUCUGAAAUUCUUGAUGUAAUCGUACCUCUGGGAGAUCUUGAUCAUUAUCCAUUGGUAUCAGUUGUAACAUUUUUUGUUACAUGUUGUGGAUGCAUUUACUUAUUAUCUGUGAUAUUAUCCAAACCUCUUCCAACUAAAUAAUAUUCCUCUUCGUACUUAGUCAUCGAAUCAUGGGUUUUAAGCGUUUUACUAAAAUUUUGCUUAACUGUCUUUCAAUAGUAUUUUGAUCCAAUUAUUAAAUUUGUAUUUAUAUCAAAUCUUAAAUUUAGACUUCGAUCGAUAUUUCUGCGAAAAUGUAGUUUUUUUCUAUCAUCAAAAUCGUAUAUAUAUGUCUUUAUACCUCGAGCUAGCGAUAAGGAUUUACUCUUUAAUUCAAAGCGUAACAUUUGUAUAUUCAAUUCAAAUCGUAU